AUGGAAGAUCCGAAAAUGAAAAUGUCUAGAAAGUCCUGUGACUUUUGCUACACACGCAAGAUCAAGUGCGACGCACAAAAGCCUCGUUGCUCGCAAUGCAUCGUACACAAAAGAGGUUGUACCUAUGGGGCUCCGAGCCGGCAGCCUCGUCCAAAGUGCAGAAAAGUCGACAUCCAGAGCGAUGACGAUACUAGUGCCUUGCGCACGCGCGUGCGACGUCUCGAACUUGAGCUUCAGCAGUUGACCAAGGAGUCAAGGGGCUACGGCGAAGUUCACGAAAAUCAGCGUGGGCAGCCGGAACCGACGCCAACCGUAAUCGUGCCAGUACUGACCGUGACUAGCGAGGGUAAAGGUGUCAACUACGACUGCUCUUCGCAAGCACUUGAUCUCCCUCCUCUAGAGCAGGCUAUACAUGUCGUCAACCUGUUUCUGGAAAAUUUCAAUACAGUCCUUCCGCUGUUUCACCCCGAAACUCUCCUCCGUCUUCUGUACACUACUUACAACCUCGACCCACGGUCUCGAGAUCCGGUUGCAUGGGCCGCAAUUAACGUUGUGCUAGCUCUCGCCUACCAACAGCGUCUCAUGGGUAGCAGCAACGUCCAUCGCGCAGUUGAGUAUUUGGCCAGAGCUCAAUCAGCGUUGUCAGACGUCGUGCUUGGUGACCCCCGCCUGCUCAACAUUCAGGUUCUAGUGGGUAUGGUGAUGCUUUUGCAAGCAGCGAAAGAUCUCCAGCCUGCACUGAUCUUGAUUGCCACAACACUACGUCUUGCGCAUAAGAUCGGUCUUCACAGCCGUUUCUCUGCAUUACACUCAACCCUCAGUGUUGCCCGACAACGCGCAAAUGUCUUUUGGUUGGCGUACGUCCUAGACAAAAACCUUAGUUUACGCUCCAAACAGCCCUCUAUCCAGCGUGACGAUGACAUCGACCUCGAUCUGCCCUCUGCUCUCCCACAAGAGAACAACCAAUCCGAAGGAGGUGUAAGUGACGAAGCUAACAGCUUUGAUCUUGGUCAGAUCACUUCCGUUGAUGGAUCACUGAAGAUGGAUUACUUUGUUACUCGAAUCCACCUGGCAGUCAUUGAGGGCGGAGUCUACGAUUACCUAUACUCCACGGCCUCCCAGAAGCGAACUCCCGAGGAACGAUCGGACGCCCUAAACAGUGUGUACAGUGCGCUUCGACAGUGGAAGUCCUGCAUUCCAGCCGAAUUUCGAGGUCUGGAAUCGGUGCAGAGGAUGUCACCCACUGUCCUGGCUUUCCUUGGUGUUUUGGACGCCACUAGUUUGAUGUGUACGAGUUUGAUCAGCCAAGCACAUGCUUGGAACCCUCAAUGGAUGAACAGCCUUCAAAAAUACGACAAAGAAGGCGUUGCCCUUUGGAUGCCACCCCAGUGGGAGACAUUGGUGGCUGAGAGUCGUCAUUUACUAGUGUUUACUGAACCACUGGGGCCUAUGGAUCGUUGGAAUUUUUGGACCACAGGGUGCUCAUACAUGACAGCCAUGGUGUCGUUAACAGCUAAUACAAUGCAAAAUUCCCUCCAUGGCUUUGCAACUGUGGACAGCCAACUCGUCGAUACCGCUUUGGGAAGACUUGGUAGCAUUGUCCAAGAGACCAACAACGAAGAGCUGCGCUCAUUCCAUAAAAAUUGCAUCGAGUUACAUCAAAGUACCCAGCAAAAGCGCCGGAACCUUACGACGAUGUUUGAUGAUCGUAAUAUUUAUCCCAGUUUCCAUAAUUCUGAGGAGGAAAUAGCGGGAUAG